GUUUAGAAGCUCAAGCUCUGAUUAAGUUACCAAACACAGUCAUACAUCAAGAGAAAAAUGUCACGAUUCAUCAAGUUACUUGUGACAAUUGCACUAACAUUCGCAAUUACAACCGCUAUCAUCACCACGACAACUACCAGAACCAACACCACGACCGAAGAAGUUGCUCUCGAAGACCCUUUCAAGGACCUUACACCUCCAGAAGCUAUUAAAAUCAGACGGAGUCGGUUCUUAGCUGAAAAAGACAACGAGGGUCUAAGACCUAAACCCCGUAGCCCUAAUGCACCUGACUUUUGCGAGCCAAAGAUCUGCAGUAGCACCGGAGGAAGCUCUAGAAUGGCUUGUUGCAACAAAAAGUGUAUGAAUUUAUCAACCGAUAGUAAAAACUGCGGCGCGUGUAAUAAGAAAUGCAGGUUUGGGGAAACAUGUUGUGGCGGUCAGUGCGCUAACUUGAGUUACAAUAAAACCCAUUGCGGUGAGUGUAACCUUAGUUGCAAACCAGGCGGGUACUGCGCCUACGGUCUUUGUAACUACGCGUGAUGCUUCAAUCAUUCAUUCACGUCAUGCCGCCAACGUUUCACAUUAUGAGUAUAUAAAAAACAUCUUUUUCUACUUUGAAUGUCAACGAAUAAAAUGGAACAUCCUCGUUUCCAGUACCAAUUCUGUUUUUAAAAGUUUACUAUGUGAGAGUGUGUAUCAUAUUCAUUCCAAAUAAUAUUUCAGUUUCUUAUAAUUGUGUUAUCCAGGAAGGGGUUUUAUAUAUACAUGUUAUGUUUGUUUAUUUGCUCUUUUCGAAAAAGUGAGAAUGUUGUUGAAGAUCAAAAAGGGUUCCAC